GAGAGGCGAUGGGGGGAAGUUUGGGCAAGUCGGCCUGGCCAAUGAAGAACCUCGGGAGGGCUCUGCCCCUACCCCCGCCCCCGCCCGCCUCUGCUCCCGCAGCGCGAGUGUGUCGGCCUCGUUCAGUGUGCGUGGGGAUUAGGUCGGAGCACCCGCGCCCAGGCAGGCAGGCAGGCAGCUCCGCGGGCUUCCAGCGCUCCAGCUGCCGCCGUCGCCUCCAGCAGCAGCCUCCGCAAGCAACGCCGCGGCGGAUCGGGGCGCAGGGGAGCCAGCCCGGCCCCGUCUGCCCAGCCCAGAACCCGGUUCCACUCCAUCCCCACGCCAGGGCAGCCGCCGCCGCCACCUGGGUCUCCCCGGGAAGAACUCCAGCCCCUAGUACGCGUGCACCAUCAUCAUGGACCACUAUGAUUCUCAGCAAAACAACGACUACAUGCAGCCGGAGGAAGACUGGGACCGGGACCUGCUGUUGGACCCGGCCUGGGAGAAGCAGCAGAGAAAGACGUUCACGGCAUGGUGCAACUCUCACCUCCGGAAGGCGGGGACCCAGAUUGAGAACAUUGAGGAGGACUUCCGGGAUGGUCUGAAGCUCAUGUUGCUACUGGAGGUCAUUUCAGGCGAACGCUUGGCCAAGCCCGAGAGAGGCAAGAUGAGGGUGCACAAGAUCUCCAACGUCAACAAGGCCCUGGAUUUCAUAGCCAGCAAAGGCGUCAAGCUGGUGUCCAUUGGCGCCGAGGAGAUUGUGGACGGGAACGUGAAGAUGACCCUGGGCAUGAUCUGGACCAUCAUCCUCCGUUUUGCCAUCCAGGACAUCUCCGUGGAAGAGACAUCAGCCAAGGAAGGGCUUCUCUUGUGGUGUCAGAGGAAGACGGCCCCUUACAAAAACGUCAAUAUUCAGAACUUCCACAUAAGCUGGAAGGACGGCCUCGGAUUCUGUGCUUUGAUCCACCGCCACCGGCCCGAGCUGAUUGACUACGGGAAGCUGCGGAAGGAUGAUCCCCUCACAAACCUCAACACGGCCUUCGAUGUGGCGGAGAAGUACCUGGACAUUCCCAAGAUGCUGGACGCUGAAGACAUCGUCGGAACCGCCCGCCCAGAUGAAAAAGCCAUCAUGACUUAUGUGUCCAGCUUCUACCACGCCUUCUCUGGAGCCCAGAAGGCGGAGACAGCAGCCAAUCGCAUCUGCAAGGUGCUGGCCGUCAACCAGGAGAAUGAGCAGCUGAUGGAAGAUUACGAGAAGCUGGCCAGCGAUCUGCUGGAGUGGAUCCGCCGCACUAUCCCAUGGCUGGAGAACCGGAUGCCAGAAAACACGAUGCACGCCAUGCAGCAGAAGCUGGAGGACUUCCGUGACUACCGGCGCCUGCACAAGCCACCCAAGGUGCAGGAGAAGUGCCAGCUGGAGAUCAACUUCAACACGCUGCAGACCAAGCUGCGUCUCAGCAACCGGCCUGCCUUCAUGCCCUCCGAGGGCAGGAUGGUUUCGGACAUCAACAACGCCUGGGGCUGCCUGGAGCAGGCUGAGAAGGGCUAUGAGGAGUGGCUGCUGAAUGAGAUCCGCAGGCUGGAGCGCUUGGAUCACCUGGCUGAGAAGUUCCGGCAGAAGGCCUCCAUCCACGAGGCCUGGACUGAUGGCAAGGAGGCCAUGCUGCGGCAGAAAGACUACGAGACAGCCACGCUCUCAGAGAUCAAGGCCCUGCUCAAGAAGCACGAGGCCUUCGAGAGCGACCUGGCCGCCCACCAGGACCGAGUGGAGCAGAUCGCCGCCAUUGCGCAGGAGCUCAAUGAGUUGGACUAUUACGACUCACCCAGUGUCAAUGCCCGUUGCCAAAAGAUCUGUGACCAGUGGGACAACCUGGGAGCCCUGACCCAGAAGCGGAGGGAAGCUCUGGAGCGCACAGAGAAGCUGUUGGAGACCAUCGACCAGCUGUACCUGGAGUACGCCAAGCGGGCUGCUCCCUUCAACAACUGGAUGGAGGGGGCCAUGGAGGACCUGCAGGACACCUUCAUUGUACACACCAUCGAGGAGAUUCAGGGACUGACCACAGCCCAUGAGCAGUUCAAGGCCACUCUCCCUGAUGCUGACAAGGAGCGCCUGGCCAUCCUGGGCAUUCACAACGAGGUAUCCAAGAUCGUCCAGACAUAUCACGUCAACAUGGCAGGCACCAACCCCUACACGGCCAUCACACCUCAGGAGAUCAACGGCAAAUGGGACCACGUGCGGCAACUGGUGCCACGGAGGGACCAAGCGCUGACGGAGGAGCACGCACGCCAGCAGCACAAUGAGAGGCUACGCAAACAGUUUGGGGCCCAGGCCAACGUCAUUGGGCCCUGGAUCCAGACCAAGAUGGAGGAGAUUGGGAGGAUCUCUAUUGAGAUGCACGGAACCCUGGAGGACCAGCUCAACCACCUGCGGCAGUAUGAGAAGAGCAUCGUCAACUACAAGCCAAAGAUCGACCAGCUGGAGGGCGACCACCAGCUCAUCCAGGAGGCGCUCAUCUUCGACAACAAACACACCAACUACACCAUGGAGCACAUCCGCGUGGGCUGGGAGCAGCUGCUUACCACCAUUGCCAGGACCAUCAAUGAGGUGGAGAACCAGAUCCUGACACGCGAUGCCAAGGGCAUCAGCCAGGAGCAGAUGAAUGAGUUCCGGGCCUCCUUCAACCACUUUGAUCGGGAUCACUCCGGCACGCUGGGUCCCGAGGAGUUCAAAGCCUGCCUCAUCAGCUUGGGCUAUGAUAUUGGCAACGACCCCCAGGGAGAGGCGGAGUUUGCCCGCAUCAUGAGCAUCGUGGACCCCAACCGCCUGGGUGUAGUGACGUUCCAGGCCUUCAUCGACUUCAUGUCCCGCGAGACAGCAGAUACCGACACAGCGGACCAAGUCAUGGCUUCCUUCAAGAUCCUGGCUGGGGACAAGAACUACAUCACCGUGGAUGAGCUGCGCCGCGAGCUGCCGCCCGACCAGGCCGAGUACUGCAUCGCCCGGAUGGCGCCCUACACCGGCCCCGAUGCCGUGCCCGGGGCCCUGGACUACAUGUCCUUCUCCACAGCGCUGUAUGGCGAGAGCGACCUCUAAUCCGCCUUCUCCGCUCAGUCCCGCUCUGCUCCGCCCCUCCCCCUGCCCUGUCCAGCCGGCCUCAACCCCCCUGUCCGUGUCUCUGCUACCCUCCCCCAUUCCCUGCUCGGGCUUGGUGUCACAUCUCAGCAGCCUCCAACCCGGGUGAGCUGGGACCCACGUGGCGUCAAGCCUCCCUGCCCGCAAAGUGACAGUUUACAAAAUUAUUUUCUGCAAAAAAGAAAAAAAAAAAAAAAGAAAAAAAAAGAAAAAGGAGAAAAAAAGUUAUAUUUAAAAAAAGUGAAAAAAAAAGCCAAAAAACAAAAAAACCCUACAUAUUUUAUUAUAGAAAAAGUAUUUUUUCUCCACCAGACUUAAAUGGAAAAGAGGAAAAAUUAACUAUUUGCACCGAGAUGUUUUUGUUUUGUUGUGACAUAGGAAAAAAAAAUAACCAAGCACAAAGUCAUAUUUCAACCUUUUUACUGAUCUUGUUUUUCUUGUAUCUGUUCCAUCUGCUGUAUUCCUUUCUCCGGUCUCACGUCCGCCCGGGUGUGGGAGAGGAGCUGGGGAGGGGGCGGGGUGCUCUAUCAGAAGGCACACGGGUGCAUGUGUUUGCUAGCUCACUUGUCCAUGGAAAUAUUUUAUGAUAUUAAAGGAGAUCUUUUGAAA